AUGUUUGGUAAACACAAUCCUGAUAUCUUGUGCUUGCUGGAGACCAAAACCUCUGGUAAUAAUGCUGAUGAUAUUUGCAUCAAUCUUGGCUAUGCGAAAUGGGCGAGGGUGGAAGCUCUUGGUUUCAGUGGAGGUAUCUGGAUUCUUUGGAAUGAAGAGUUUAAGAUUGAUAUAUUACACUCCCACCCGCAAUUUGUGCACUUGCAAGUAGAAAGAAAUAUGGGGCGAAUCUGUAUCCUUUCGGUAGUUUAUGGAAGCCCCUCUGUUCACCUAAGACGUCGCCUGUGGAGGUCCUUAAACCGCAGUAAGCUCAAUAUCUUUGCCCCUUGGCUGGUAGCGGGCGAUUUCAAUGCCGUUGUCAGUAACGAUGAAACUUCUAGUCCAGAUAACUCAGGGCAUGUUAGAAAUAGUGACUUUAAGACCUGGAUCUAUGAAGAAGAACUGAUUGAUCUCGGUUUCUCUGGACAAAAAUUCACUUGGAAGCGAGGUAAAGCAGAGAGCACUUUUAAAGGAGCAAGACUUGACAGAGCAUUAUGCUCUUUUGAUUGGAUUGAGAAAUUCCCUAACACAAAAGUCAGCCAUCUCACGACCCUUUAUUCGGACCACUGCCCCGUAUUAAUUGAGAUUGACAAGCCUAGAAUCUUUACUCAGAAUCCUUUCAAAUUUCAAGGAGCUUGGCCCAGACAUCCUAAGUUCCUAGACGCAGUUCGAGAAGCAUGGAAACAGGAUGAGACAGCUUGGGCAAACAAGGAUAGCAUGACAAACAAACUCAAAGACUGGAACAGAAACACCUUCGGCAAUAUCCAUCAUAGAAAAAGCAGACUUUUGAAACGGCUGGAUGGAAUCCAAAACCACAUUGAUCAGGUAAAUCACUCAGGAAUCCUUAGACUGGAAAGAAAGAUCAGAAGGGAACUGGAAGAGGUUCUCCACCAAGAAGAAAUCAUGUGUGUAUUAUGUGUUACAUCAUGGAAAUAG